GUCAGUACGUGCUUGAGCCUGCCCGAAAAUGUUCUCCCGUGUUGUUGGAUUUCGAAGGAGCGCAGGACUUUACGAUGAAAUAAUACACGUUUACCCCAGAGGAAAGCAACACCAGGCCGCAUGAUCGGACGCAGAAGUUCGUUCUGUUCCCACUAAGUUGUGAAACUUGUGGUUCGGGGGGACUCUAACUUUGGGGGGUCGUUUUCUGCGGAGUGAUGUCGAAUCCUGGGACUCGAAGGAACGGGUCCAGCAUCAAAAUCCGACUGACAGUAUUAUGUGCCAAGAACCUCGCAAAGAAAGACUUUUUCCGUCUGCCAGAUCCGUUUGCAAAAGUGGUAGUGGAUGGAUCAGGUCAAUGCCACUCCACAGAUACAGUCAAGAGCACAUUGGACCCCAAAUGGAACCAGCACUAUGACUUAUAUAUUGGCAAAACAGAUUCCAUCACCAUCAGCAUAUGGAACCACAAAAAGAUCCAUAAACGACAAGGGGCCGGUUUCUUGGGAUGCAUACGACUUUUAUCUAACGCCAUCAGUCGGCUAAAAGACACAGGAUACCAGCGUUUGGAUUUAUGUAAACUCAACCCCUCUGACAGUGAUGCAGUGCGAGGGCAGAUCGUAGUGAGCUUACAGACCCGAGACCGCAUCGGCAGUGGUGGCCCAGUUGUGGACUGCAGAGGACUUUUGGAAAAUGAUGGACCUAUGUUUGAGGGCUGUUUCAGUGAAGAGCCCCUGCCCUAUUCUGAUCCUACGGGAGCAGCGGGAGGUGGGAACUGUCGCCUGGACUCGCCCAGUCAAGAGAACCGGCUCCAGCCGCAGCGAAUCAGAGGGCAGGAGUCUAGAGGCCAUGCCCACACGCCUCAGAACAGGCCGCACGGACACCAACCACCUGACCUGCCUGAAGGAUACGAACAACGAACAACAGUACAAGGCCAGGUCUAUUUCCUUCACACGCAAACUGGCGUCAGCACAUGGCACGACCCUCGAAUACCCAGGGAUCUGGCCAGUGUGAGCUGUGAGGAGCUUGGCCCGCUGCCAGUGGGCUGGGAGGUCAGGAGCACUGUGUCUGGGCGUAUUUAUUUUGUGGACCAUAACAACCGAACCACGCAAUUCACAGAUCCCCGUCUUCACAAUAUCAUCAGCCAACAAUCACAGCAAGUCAAAGAGCCAUCACAGGCUCCUCAGAUGGAAGUGGGGGGUGAAGAGGGGAGUGGGGGAGUAGGGGGCGGUGGAGAAGGAGAUGUGGCUGCCCGAUAUGAAAGAGACUUGGUCCAUAAGUUAAAGCUGCUCCGACAUGAGCUGUCCUUGCAGCAACCUCAAGCUGGCCACUGUCGCAUUGAAGUAUCCAGAGAAGAGAUAUUUGAGGAGUCAUAUCGGCAGAUCAUGAAAAUGCGCCCUAAAGACCUUAAAAAGAGGCUGAUGGUCAAAUUCAGAGGGGAAGAAGGCCUGGACUAUGGGGGGGUUGCCAGGGAAUGGUUAUACCUUCUGUGUCAUGAAAUGCUGAACCCCUAUUACGGCCUGUUCCAAUAUUCUACAGACAACAUCUACACACUACAAAUCAACCCUGACUCCUCCAUUAACCCUGACCACCUAUCAUUUCAUUUUGUGGGUCGAGUUAUGGGUCUAGCAGUUUUCCAUGGCCACUACAUCAAUGGCAGUUUUACCCUGCCAUUUUAUAAACAGCUGCUUGGAAAACCCAUCCAGCUCAGUGAUUUGGAGACAACUGACCCAGAGCUCCACAAAAGCCUUGUCUGGAUAUUAGAGAAUGAUAUCACUUCGGUUCUUGACCACACAUUCUGCGUGGAACACAAUGCCUUUGGGAAAUUCCUGCAACAUGAACUGAAGCCCAAUGGCCGCAAUAUUCCAGUUACUGAAGAGAACAAAAAAGAAUAUGUCAGACUUUAUGUCAACUGGAGGUUUAUGCGUGGAAUUGAGGCACAGUUUUUAGCUCUACAGAAGGGAUUUGGUGAACUCAUCCCCCAGCAUCUCCUCAAACCCUUUGACCAUAAAGAACUGGAGCUGAUCAUUGGUGGUUUGAGUAAGAUUGACCUUACAGAUUGGAAGACCAAUACUCGGCUCAAGCACUGUACAAGUGAAAGCAACGUGGUGCGGUGGUUCUGGCAGGCAGUAGAGGCCUUCAGUGAAGAGAGGAGAGGGCGCCUCCUGCAGUUUGUGACCGGAUCAACGCGAGUCCCCUUACAGGGGUUCAAAGCCCUGCAGGGUUCUGCAGGACCAAGGCUUUUUACCAUCCAUUUGAUAGAUGCCAAUACAGAAAACCUGCCCAAGGCUCACACAUGUUUUAACAGAAUAGACAUCCCUCCCUAUGAGACGUAUGAGAAACUCUAUGAGAAACUCCUAACAGCUGUGGAGGAAACCUGUGGCUUUGCUGUGGAGUGAAAAUCCACAACUAAAACCAAUAGACUGUCACACUUGAGCUUGCACUUGCACACAAUGAUUUGACAUUUGACCUUUUAACACAAUAUUGUGUAUACAGUAGUAUACCAAGCAGCCAAGCAUUACAAGAACACACAGUGUCUUGCCGCCUCUUGACCACCGAACUGUUGGGGCUAAAGGAGGAAGCACAGCAAAAGCAGAAAAUAUGUAAAAAGAAAAAAGUAUUUUAAAGAUUUUUCCUAUGUUUUGGAGAAGCAUUUUUAUCAUUCAAUUUUAACAAACUAUGAUGUCAUGUCUUCAGAAUGUCUAGCACCACAACAAAUGUGACUGCAGUCACACUUGAUGCACUGAAUCACAUCAGCAAACUCACAAACAAGCCUGCAAACUCAAACCAGGAAGAACAAGGAAGACGCGCUUUUGUCUGACAAGCUGAUGGACUGACUUGUAUUCAUACUUCAUGUUUAACCACUGGUGUGUCCUGGACGUCUGUUACGUAUGUGUGCAUGACGGUCUCUGUCUGAGACGUGUUUGCGUGUUUGUCUGGCAUGGCACCCCUUUAUUCUGUAAAAAUGAUCAAACGCCUGCUUCUUUAUUUAGUUGGCUCUUUGAUUCCUCCGUUUGUAUCUGCCACCACUCUCCUCCACUCUUAUUUUAUUAUUUAUUAUAAUUACUGACCAAGCUGCUAUAUGCUCAAGCCAGAGCUCACACUAAUCUCAUCAACCCAUAUUCCCGAUUCAUAGGGGCUAUUUACACAAGUAAUCCACAUAGUGGGUUUAUUGAAUAUUGUUACUUUUUUAACAGAUUAAAAGCAGAGAAAUUCUCUCAAGUAUAUGGAAACUGAAAGUGUGUUGUUUUGAAUACCUUGUUACAUUUAUUGAAGUGUCUUGGAAAUCACCUUCCCAGCUCACAUUUUUAAACGUACGUUUUAUGACACAUUGGUAUUCUGGAUAGGUCAACUGUCACAAAUGGGAUAUUCUUUUUCUCUAAUGAAAUAAAGGAGGCUAAAUAUGUUUUUUAUUUUCGUUGUAUAUGUGACGUGUACAAUAAAAUAUCAUAUGCUUUAUAUAGUUUUCCUUUGCCCAGUUUGAACCUUCCUGCCUGUCUUUUCCUCCUUGCUUGAAUGUUAAAGAGGGACCCUUUAUAACAGGCAUACCCCUAUGAUCUAUGAAUGAACAAAGUUGCUUUACAGUUGUUGAUUUUCCUUUAAAUGAAACGUAAUACCUAUUAAGAGAGUGAUGGUGAAAUGGUGGGAUCUGGUGUAGAUUGAAGAUCAAGGACUGUUACCGCAGUAUUUCAGUCUGCAUUUUCUAGGUUCUCAGUUCACUGUGUAAUGGAUGCAAGAGCAUUGUAACUUACUAUGUACUAAACAUUUAUGAAAAUACUAUGUAAAUAAGAUUAUAUUAAAAUAAAUUAAAUCAA